GGCGGGAAGAUAUUUCCAAGCACAUCGUACACUGAGAAAAAUAUUCUACUGUCAAGAAAAUAUACAUCUUUUUCUGUAUACGUCGAAGUUAUCUUGAUCACCAGCGAGAUACUGGAGAAAAAGAUAAAUACAAGUUUAACAAAGGUUCUCUAAGGAUCUGUUAAUGGAAUCUGUUGAUAAAGAGAAGGACGUUCGUAUACAGGAGGAUGUGCGUCAGAUUUUGGAGCUGGCUACGAUCAAAGAGACCGAUUUAAAUUCUACAACGCAAUGCCUGUAUCCUAUGCAAAGUCUCAAGGUUGAUGACUUAAUGUUACUGGAAGUGGACAAGCACAUAUGGGAAACAUUAAAUGAGGGAGACACAGUAUCAUUCCGUGGUAACAAAAAUGAUGAAGCUAUAUUGUGCACAAAAAAUCGGACCUAUGAAAUCAAAGAAGCAGAGAUAUCCAAUUCAUGGUUGGUGAUACCAAACUUGAAGUUAAGCAAGGAAACAAAUGUGGAAACUGAAAGAACCAUAGAGAGACGAAAUAUAAAGAAAAUAUUUUCCUCUUAUUAUGAGGUGAAAGAAACCAAGCCUAAUCUGACAAAUUUGUCUACUCUUCUUAAUUCAUCAUCUUUUAAUGGAUUGGAAUACGAAUCUGAAAUAGAUCCAAACACACUAUACAGUUGGGAGAGAUUACAAAAUGAAUUACAAGCCAGUGAUUACGAAUUGAAACAAGCUUUAGCAGAUUUCUUAAUAGCUGACAUAGAUGGCUAUUUGCGUCUCAUAUCAUUUGAUGUAGAAGCAAAAAGUUUGAAUUUUAUAUUGGAUUAUUUCGAAGAACAGAAUUGGGAAUUAGAUGAAGUAGAUAAAGAAGAUACAUUUGAAUGUCUAAAGGAACUUAUUUAUGAACCAAUAUUUAAUGUUAUAUUCAAAAAAUAUACAGAAAUAAGCACAAAGACAAAAAGUGACAAUAAUCCAUUGUACAAAUAUGAUGAAGGAAAAUGCUGUGCAACUAUAGCAAAAGUUCUUCUUGCUGCUUCUCCUGUUACCGAGUACAAAGAAUUUAUGGAAACAUGGAACAUUGGUACUCCUGAAAAGAUGCAUCCAAAAGAAGAAUAUUUAUGUGGGUCUGCCCUUGUAAUGUAUAGUACCUCAAAAAUGCAGAAGGAGAUUAUAUCUUGUCCAGAAACUGAUUUACCCAACAAUAUAUACGAUAGACUUAAUGAACUUUUCCAAAUUAAGGCUAAAUGGACUGUUGAAGAGAUAACCCCUUAUAUUAUCCGUUUUACAAAGGGUACAAUGAAUGUUAAUGCACUUCUAACAAAAUAUGCUAGAUGUUCUACAAAAAAUGGAUUAAAGUAUUAUGGAUCAAAACAUGGCAAGUGAAAUGUUGCAGUAAUUUGUGGUAUGUAUUAAAUUGUCAUGCAAUAAAUAUAGAUACACAUACCAUUGAUUAAUUAUGUUAAUGUUAGGGCAAUAUUUUUCUAAGAAUUAUCUAUAGUGUUAAAAUCAUAGGCGCAAUUUAUUUUGCUUGUGAUCAUGUGUGAUACAUAUAGUUACAUUUACACAAUUUAUAAAUAUUUUUAAAUUGAAAUGAGAUUACAUAUGAUUUAUUUUUAUCAUUUUCUGUUUCAUUAAUAUAACAGUGACAUAUUAUCGACGGUAUAUAUUAUAUCUCAUCCAUUAAAAGAUCAUAGUGUUAGAACAUAAUGUUAGAAAACAAUUAUUAAUAUUUCAAUAGCCAAAUAAUUCUUAUUCCACUGAUUAUAAAAUCGCCACUUUAUUACAGAAGCAUUUUGUUAAAUCAAAAUUUUCAUUAAUAUGUAUAACAUUAAUGUAAUU